CCUCCCCGCUCCAAUGUAAGAUGGUGGCUGGAAGCUGCUGUUGAAACACACAGAGACUGAAAGGCAGAGACAAGCCAUAGACUCAACAAAACAAAUUAAAACAGAGAGGGAGGGAGAGAGAGAGAGAGAAAAACAAUAAUAAACAGAAAGAACUGAGGUGCCUGUCUAAACAAAUCUUGGCAGUUCAGAAAGAUUAUCAAUCCCCGCCCCAUUUGGUGUGACUAUCCCUUGGAGGAGUCCCAGAGCAAUAGAAAGAGACAGGCCCAGCAUUCAGCUCUCCUCUGAUUUCCUGUGUUUGGAAAUCUGAAAACCGUGUCCCACCAUGUCGCACAGCCCUGAGGUGAAGGAGGACCCCGUAGAGUGCCCACUCUGUAUGGAGCCCCUAGAGAUCGACGACAUCAACUUCUUCCCCUGCACCUGCGGCUACCAGAUCUGCCGUUUCUGCUGGCACCGCAUCCGCACAGACGAGAACGGGCUCUGCCCAGCCUGUAGAAAGCCUUACCCUGAAGACCCUGCAGUGUACAAACCCCUUUCACAGGAGGAGCUGCAGAGGAUAAAGAACGAGAAGAAACAGAAGCAGAACGAGCGCAAACAGAAGAUCUCGGAGAACCGUAAGCACCUCGCCAGCGUGAGGGUGGUGCAGAGGAACCUGGUCUUCGUGGUGGGGCUGUCGCAACGGCUUGCCGACCCAGAGGUUUUAAAACGGCCAGAAUAUUUUGGGAAGUUUGGGAAAAUACACAAAGUAGUCAUCAAUAACAGCACGUCAUAUGCAGGUUCACAGGGUCCCAGUGCCAGUGCGUAUGUUACUUAUAUUCGAUCUGAAGAUGCCCUCAGGGCUAUACAAUGUGUCAACAAUGUAGUAGUAGAUGGUAGAACUCUUAAGGCUUCUUUAGGUACAACUAAAUACUGCAGCUACUUUCUAAAAAGCAUGCAGUGCCCUAAACCAGACUGCAUGUAUCUUCACGAGCUGGGCGAUGAAGCAGCCAGUUUCACUAAAGAGGAGAUGCAGGCUGGGAAGCAUCAGGAAUACGAACAAAAGCUGCUGCAAGAGCUCUAUAAGAUGAACCCCAAUUUCUUACAACCUUCUCUAGGGGGAGGGGAGAAGUCAAAGGGCAAAGCCAGUGCACUGCAGAGGCCCAAUAGUAAUAACAAAGAUGCCUGGCCAUCAUUACAGAGUUCUAGUAAAGCAGCAAACGACCUGCUGAAUGAACACCGGAAGACGCCUCCUCUCCUCGAUAAUGGUUCUGAUCAAGAACACAUGAUGCCGGACGGGCCCGACUCAGAGUUGGGGCAAGUAGCCACCCUUUCCCCCUUCACAACGCCUUGCGACCCUUCAAGCCCAAUUGACAAACCUCCAGAAUCCCUCAGUUUAGGCAACGGUGAACAUUUACAACAGAUCCCCAGCUUUGACUCGCCAUCACCACCUCCUGGUCUCUCAAAACCCAGCCUGGUGGUUCCCCUUAGUGCAUCUAAUCACAGUGCACGGUCGCCUUUUGAGGGAGCUGCGGCAGAGUCGCAGUCCCUUUUCUCAGACAACAGUAACUUUAGACACCCCAACCCGAUCCCCAGCGGUCUGGCCCCUUUCCCCAGUUCUCCCCAGAACAACACAGACUGGCCCACUGCACCGGAACCACACAGCCUCUUCACAUCAGAAACUAUACCAGUAUCAUCAUCCACAGACUGGCAAGCAGCUUUUGGUUUUGGUUCCUCGAAACAUCAAGAGGAUGACCUCGGAUUUGACCCCUUUGACAUCACCCGCAAGGCACUGGCGGACCUUAUUGAGAAGGAACUGUCUGUCCAGGACCAGUCGCCCCUCUCCCCAGGCUCCUUACACAAUCCUCUGCACGGCCCCUCAGUCAAUGGGCUAGGAGCUGGCUUCAUGCAUAGCACCGCCGCACCUUCUAAUGCCAACUUCCCGAACUCAGUGCUGCCUCCGCGGUUUCCUCAGUUCCAGCACAGGGCGAUGUACAACUCAUUCAGCUUCCCUGGCCAGCCCGCCCGCUACCCCUGGAUGGGUGUCCCACGCAAUAAUGUCAUGCACUUGAACCACACAGCAAACCCCACCUCAAAUAGUCAUUUCUUGGACUUGAGUUUACUGCCACAGCACAGUACAGGCUUAGGAGGGAUCUCAAUCACAGAAAAUAGCAGUUCUGUAGAAAGUUUAAACGUGAAAGAGUGGCAGGACGGCCUGAGAGCUCUCUUACCGAACAUCAACAUCAACUUUGGGGGGCUGCCAAACUCUUCUUCCUCCUCCUCCUCCUCUUCCUCUUCCUCCUCCUCCAGCGUCAACCACACAGGGGCACCAGCAAGCUCAGGGGGCAUCUCACACAGCCUGAGUUGGGAUGGGUCGGGCAGCUGGAUGGACCCCGCCAUCAUCACAGGUGUACCUUCCUCUUCAGGAAAUGGUGUGGACUCUCUCCAAGAUGACAAUCCCCCUCACUGGCUCAAAUCUCUGCAGGCCCUCACAGAGAUGGACAGUCCCAGCGCAACAGUACCCUUGCAGCCCCCUCACAGUACCCCGUUCAGCACACAGGUCCCUCUCCACAGAGCAGGCUGGGCCCCUUACCCACCUCCCUCCAACCCCACCAGCUUCCAUUCUCCGCCUCCUGGCUUCCAGACAGCCUUCAGAAACCCCAGUCAGACCCCCACAGACCUGAUACAGAGUGCAGCCAUGGACCGUCAUUAGAAAUUAAAAAAAAACAAAAUCUGCAGACAUUCAAACAAAACUAUUAACAAAUACUUAAAUAUAUAUUUUUCUUUCUUUCUUUCAUCCUUUGUUUUUCUUGUGCCCCCUUUCUUCUUAUCAUGCACAAAAUGCAAAGCAUUGUGAUCACUGGUUCUUGGUUUUAAAAAAAA